AUGAGUACUUCUUCCGACGCGACGCGGUUGCCUGGGUUUGGCUUGCCGGUCGACUUCCGCUGGCUUUCUGAGGACGGGAGCCGUCAAUAUGACCACGCCUUGGAUUGCUGUUUCCUGAGUGGGGGAGUUCCGGUGCGGGAGCAGCGCAUGCUCGAGUUUAUGGGCCAGAUCACGGACAAGGUGGACUGGCAACGAAAAGUCAACGAUGAUGAUAUUGUAGCAAAGUGGAAGACCGAGGCAUCCCGAGAGAUUGAUGUCAAUGGUACCGAGGACGAAUACCUCUCUGAGGAGAUGUUCGACUACUGCAUGAAAGAACUUCGGGACAAGGCAGAGUACAUGGAAAAGACUGGGAUCGUCACAGUCCUGGACUCGGAGCUUUACAUCGCCAAGUCGGAUACUCUUGUGCCAGCAGAGCUACUCGCACGCCUCAAAGAGGCUGUCGCCCUUUUGGAAGACGUGCCCGAGUCCAAGAAGGACUGGCAUCCAGGCUCGGAUGAGAAGGUUCUCGACCUUCUUCAUCCCUCGCUCUUUCCUCUGCGCUAUGGGCUCACGCGAGUCCUGCCGUCGGGGAAAGUCCCACUAGAUGAUUGCUUGACAUAUAUAGGCAAAGGAGAAGUCACAGAGCCGUUUGAUCCUUCCACCGUCAGGUCUUGUUAUGACUUGAAACAUGCAUUCGGCAAGCACCAAUGGCUACCCAGCGAUCUCAAGUGGACUCCUGAGGGCCUCGAGAUUGCCAGCUAUGUCAACAACCUCCAUCCAAGAAAGCACAAGGAUCUUUACAAGAUUCUGGAGUCCUUUGCGAGUUUGGCAGUGCCUCUAUUCGAACAUGUCGUUUUGCGCUCGUCAUACACACGCACUGAGCAGGAUCUCGCCCCGAGAAUUGAAAUAGAGCAUACAAGCCAUGAUGACUAUUACGUACCCGAUGACAUCCUCUUCACAGGAUAUGAGAAGCCACUGGAGGAAUAUGAUGAAUGGGAGCUCAAGCGGCGCCAACGCGAAGACGACUACAUGGACUGGAAGCAAACAGUCUGGAUCCUUUCCCAGCCCGAGCCUGAGACCUACGCUCCGCGGAACAAGAAGAACCUGCCGGACUUCCGCACCCUGUUUCCUGACGGACUGCAGGUGAUCUUCAAGCUUGCGAAUAUCCAUCUCAGCCCGGACAAGCCUGAAUACGAGGGUGGGACAUGGCACAUUGAGGGUGCCCUGAACGAGCGAAUUUGCGCCACGGUCCUGUACUACUACGAUCAGGACAACAUUACCGACAGCCAUCUCGCUUUCCGCCAUAGACUUGACGAGGAACACAUAAUUAUGCAACCUGCGCAGGAUGAGUACGAAUCCAUUCAACAGUACUUGGGUAUUAGGAACUACGGGCAGGCCAUCCAAAACCUGGGCAAGGUACUCACACGAGAGGGCAGAAUGCUUGCAUUCCCCAACGUGCUGCAGCACCAGGUCCAACCGUUCAGCCUCGUGGACAAGACGAAGCACGGGCACCGCAAGAUACUGGCCAUGUUCCUCGUCGAUCCGCACCUCAGGGUCCUGAGCACGUCGGUUGUGCCGCCCCAGCGCCGCGAUUGGUGGGCCGAGGAGGUCCGCAAAGUGCCGCGCUUUGGCAAGCUGCCCCAGGAGAUUUUCGAGAUGAACAUUGAGCAGGUCGAAGACUUCCCGAUCAAGUGGGAGGACGCGCUCAAGUACCGCGAAGACCUCAUGGCGGAGCGCACAGCUGUUUCGCAGGCCGUGGACGACAUGUGGAAUGAGAUGACAUUCAGCUUUUGUGAGCAUUGA